GGCCAUUACGUUAUGCUUACUCCACACACACAGGCAGCUGGAGAGAGGGAAGACGUAAUGGUUUGAUUCCCUGUGCACUUGCAAUGGUCGUCGUCCUGACAUUACUCGGCAGAUUCCUCGAACGGGAGGUGCAAUGAAGCAGAACUCUGAGAAGUCACUGGAUGUUGUUCGAAGGAAGGCAGGGGCAUCGUCCAUGUGGGCGUCAUGCUGUGGGCUGCUGAACGAGGUGAUGGGCACGGGCACGGUGCGGGCACAGCAGCCGGGGUUCGGGGCAGGGGCGGGGCCCUUCCGCUUUGCCCCCAGUGCUGGGUACUCCACCUACCCCCCCACCAGCUCAGGGAGUGCUGGACAGCUGUGCAAGGCCUGCGGACUGGCCUUCUCUGUCUUCAGACGCAAGCACAUCUGCUGUGAUUGUAAGAAGAGUUUCUGCGCCUUGUGCUCAGUGCUUCAAGAGAACCUGCGCUGCUGCAUGACCUGCCACCUGCUGCGUGGCACGGCCUUCCAGAGGCCUCGGCUCAUGCAGCUCCGAGUAAAAGACCUGCGCCAGUACCUGCUGCUGCGCAACAUCCCCACCGACACAUGCAGGGAGAAAGAGGACCUGGUGGACCUGGUGCUCUGCCAUCAGGGGACGAGGGAAACCCAGAGACCAGUGGUGGAAGAGGACGAGGAGGAAGAUGAUGAUGAAGAAGAAGAAGAAGAAGAGGAAGAGGAGGCGGAGGAUGAAGAGGACAUACAUGAGGAGGAGGAGGAUGAGGAGGAGGAGGAGGAAGAAGAAGAAGAAGGAGGAGGAGAUGACACAGACAGUCUGCACUCGCUACCCCACUCACGAGCCGCCUCACCCCCCUCCGCCACGCGCUCCACCUCUGAACAGUCGGUCCUGUCUGCCUCUCACGGAGACGUGCUCAGCCCAAGUGACAGCUCAGGGACCAGCCAGGAGCAUGAGGACACGCCAACAGCGUCUCUCUUGAACCUGGAGCCCACUGAAAAUAUCUUAGAGGUCAGUCCGGCGACACAGAGGAGGAUCAGGGCCUCGCUGUCUGAUCUGGACAAUGAAGAGGCGAUAGAAAACCUCUCAGUCCGCCAGCUGAAAGAGAUUCUUGCCAGGAACUUUGUCAAUUACUCUGGCUGCUGCGAGAAGUGGGAGCUGCUGGAGCGAGUGCAUCGGCUCUACAGAGAGAAUCAGCAGAACAGGAAAUCCAUGGAAAAUGUGAGCAUAACUGCAGUGGUUGCAUAUCCUCCACCUCUCUGCAACAGUGGAGUUGGAGAUGGUGUCAAAGCUCAGCUGGCGGCCGAUGAAAACUUGUGUCGCAUCUGCAUGGAUGCCAUCAUCGACUGUGUGCUACUGGAAUGUGGUCACAUGGUAACCUGCACCAAAUGCGGGAAGAGGAUGAGCGAGUGCCCCAUCUGCAGGCAGUACGUAGUGCGGGCCGUGCACGUCUUCAAGUCUUAAAAACUCUGUGCGUGCGCGUCAGAGCGGCCCUCAGGCGUUCACGUUGCCCCGAGCCCUGAAGUUAUCACUGAGGAUGAACUGCUGUGCAUGACGUCUCGCAGGGCCUAAUGCUGCAGCAGGCGCGAGCAACUUCCCCGGUCUUUGGAACCAGACUGUUGCCUCUUGCCUACCACGGUUUGUCCCCACCCCAUCCUCUCGCCCUCCUUUACUAACUCAUGUUCCAGUCCCACUUCUCCUCCCUGGUGGACCAUCAUCAGCUGCACUGGGACACUCACUCUUUCUCUGUUUGGUCUAUUAAACACAAAGCAGAGCCCCCUGCCAUCACUUUCUACUCUCUUGUUCUCUGUUUAGAUUUUACUCACAGGAGAGGAGUGGAGGCGGUCCCGCGGAUACUUGAAGUGGAUAGGGUUGUUCUGUGUGGGGGAGAGAAGCAGUCGGAUGAAAAAUAUAAGAUCCCAGGGUUUAGAGUCAAUAUGGUUUACACAGUCAUGCCACAUGACACAGUGUUAUCUCCCUCAGUGUUCUUUAGGAUGUGCAAUAUCAAAAAAAAAAGAGACUUACAUGUGUUUCUAGAAAAUGUUUAUUAGUUAAUCUGAUCACCACGUGCACCGAGUCGUCUCACACACAGGAGGGUGUAAGGUGCCAAACUUCAUGCCUUCAAUCGAUAUUUGGUUAAGAUUUCACAGUAUAUGCAUCUCAUAACCAGCAAGCUUGGUGUGAUAGUUUACUAUAUAUAUAUAUAUAUAUUUUUUUUUUUCUUCAGUUUUCCCAAAUGAACUUUAGGAAAUUAAGUAAACAUUUGAACACUCACUUGUGUGAAGGAUGUGAUUUUCUCAUCUAAAAUGAAGUGAUUCCUGCUGAAGACACGAACAGUACACUGCUGCGUGGUCGCACCGCGUGCUGCACUACAUUCCUGUUACAUCUGUUGAGUGUGAAAGCAGAUUUCAUCACCUUUUGAAACAGCAGUUUGACACAAAAAAAGGAGAAAAAAUUAACUCAAGGCCCACUUACUACAUUUUUUUCCCAGGGGAUUUCAACCACAUUUUAGAGGCUUCAUCAGCAGAUGCUCAGUUUUCGUGGAGAUGGGUCAACUUACAUCACUUGACCUUUGGUGACUAUGUAUAUGAAUAUACAUAUAUGUGAAUGUGAAUGGCCUCAUCCUUCUCCCGAGGAAGACCACUGGAUGCAGCUGAAAGCCCCAGAGAAAACUAAUAAGUGGACUUUGAGGUUUUUUUUUUUUUGUACUACUUUAUCUUUCUAUUUGAUUUAAAAUAACUUCCACCAAGCAAUACCAUUUAGUUUCCAAGUCUACCAAGUGUCUUUCUUUGACUGUGUUGUCCGUUAAUGUGUCGAAUCUUAGGUAGGUAACAGGUGCUACUUCCUCUUUUCUGUAACAUCAACAUACCUUUUUGUCAUGUUGUCGAGGCGUCCUUCCAAAUAUCCAUCACACAGUGAGAGGUAGAGGAAGCCUGGUUUACUUUAACCUGUUAUGCAAAUGAAACACUUUGUUUUUCUUGUCAUGAGAUCCAGAUGUCACUAAACUAUCUGUGUACAGUAUGCCUGUGGUAUGUUUUAAAAAAAGAAGCUGAAUUGCUGUUAAUGAAGUUAAUCGCAUAGAUAGCUUAUAUUGUUGUUUACUGAGUCAUUAAAUGUAUAUUUUUCCAUUUUACUUGGGAGACGACAUGAUUUAAAAUUCUACUUAUUACGGAGGUUUAAAAAUAAAAAUAUACAGUUUUUCAGAAUGUAUUUCUGUUGGUUUUGGUCAGACGAGUUCCUCAGUCCUCUGAUUGUGUCACUCUCUCACCAUUAAAGUUGCGUCAGUCAUG